AUGAUGGAAAAUAAGGAAGAAUAUGAACAAGUACACUUAACUGAAGAUGGAGGUGUGAUAAAGACCAUAUUAAGAAAAGGAGAAGAAGGAGAAGAUAACAAACCAAAAAAAGGGAACGAAGUAACAGUACAUUAUGUAGGAAAAUUAGAAAGUAAUGGAAAAGUUUUUGAUUCCUCACGUGAUCGAAAUAUACCUUUCAAAUUUCAUUUAGGUCAAGGAGAAGUUAUUAAAGGAUGGGACAUAUGUGUAGCUUCUAUGAAAAAAAAUGAAAAAUGUUCAGUUCGUUUGGAUAGUAAAUAUGGAUAUGGGGAAGAAGGGUGUGGAGAUAGUAUUCCAGGAAACAGUAUUUUAAUUUUCGAAAUUGAGCUAUUAAAUUUUCGAGAAGCAAAAAAAAGUAUAUAUGAUUAUACAAAUGAAGAAAAAAUACAAGCUGCUUUUGAUUUAAAAGAAGAAGGAAAUGAAUUAUUUAAAAAAGAGGAAAUUAAUGAUGCUAUUUCGAAAUAUAAAGAGGCUCUUGACUUCUUUAUGCACACAGAAGAAUGGGAAGAUAUUUUAUUAGAAAAAAAGAAAAAUAUAGAAAUUAUUUGUAAUUUAAAUUUAUCAACAUGUUAUAAUAAAAACAAGGAUUAUCCUAAUGCUAUUGAACAUGCUUCCAAGGUCCUUAAGAUAGACAAAAAUAACGUUAAAGCUUUGUACAAAUUAGGUGUUGCAAAUAUGCAUUUUGGAUUUUUAGAAGAUGCCAAGGAUAAUUUAUAUAAAGCUGCAUCUUUGAAUCCAAAAAAUAUAGAUAUUAGAAAUAGUUAUGAACUGUGCAUAAAUAAACUAAGGGAAGCUAGAAAAAAGGAUAAACUAACAUUUGGUGGAAUGUUUGAUAAAGGUAGUUUAUAUGAAGAAAAAAAAAGCACCGCUAAAUAA